AUUGAUUGGAACCAGUACGAGUACUCGUACGAGUACCACGCGUUUGUGCAUUGCGAGUGAAUUGAGUUUGAGCACCAAAGCAGUAAAAUUCCUCCAACCCAAGAACGAGAGCUACCGUAUUGGAAACCGUAACAGAAACAGAGCCGAUUCAAGUACAAUACGCAUCAAGAUGUCCAACAGUAGAAUUGCUCUGUUUGGAAUUUCCCUGGUGUUGCUGUCCACAGUGUUGGCCACGGGCAUCGAGGCGCUGUCUUUUUCCGACCUCCCGGUGCGAGAAUCGACGAAGAAUCACCUCCACAGCCGACGACACUUUGUGGGAAUGGCAUCCGCGUUUGUGGCUGCCGCUCCCUUGGUGUCGGUCCCGGCUGUGUCGUACGCAGUUCAAGAGGGAAACGCGAAGGAGCGAUUCGUAGCGGCUCGAAAAGAAUUGCGCAGCCUGAUCGAUGAUUAUGCGGAAAUCUCGAAGGGGGGGGGCGAUGCCGUCCGAGCUCGCCUCGGAACCCAGGGAAUCAGCAGCGAUUUGUUUGGUAUUCAAAAAGUUCUCAAGACAUUGAGCGAGGAAGCCGACGAUCUUGUAGAGUACACGGAGAUGAUGGAGGAGUUCRACGCUUAUUACUUCCAAGCAGAAGGUGCCGCGUAUCAAUCAAUGUUCGUCGAGCACUCCUCCGCCAAGGGAACACCCGAAUCGUUUUUGAAAACCGCGAAGACGGAUAUUUUGCAAAUGGAGAAAUACAUGGACCAACUGGCAGUCCAGCUGAAGCUAUGAGAAGGCAAGAACAGCCCCAUGCUGACGACAGCAGAUUCCAUUCCAGUUAUGAUCAACCAUGAUCCAACGCAUUGUUUAUCGUUCCAUGAAUCAAAUCGAUUUGGUUCAGGCAUCGCGAUAUCUUCUUCCACAUUUUUUUCGUCAAGCCUGUUACUCCUUUCAAAGUCGUGGUUAUGUGAGGGAUGAUCCACACCCCUCUUCAGUGACGUGCUGCAUCUCUCCCGCAGAAUGGUGCCGAGUUUAUUGUUUCGUAGAACCAGCGGUGACUAUCUUUCCCUUUGGCAGUCAUGGCGUUGGAGUCGCAGACUUUCCUUGCAAUAGAAUAUAGUAAAAUGC